AUUGCCGUCGCUGUCGCGUUGCGCUUUCUUCGUUUUUUUCGGCUGCGCAAACUUAUAUUUUGUCGUUGUAAUAUUUUGCAUAAAUAUAUAAAUUAAACCGCGUGACGAAACAACAAACAAAUAAGGAACGAAACAAAGCGAAAGGGAGAAACAAAAUCGAAAACGAAAUCCAUAUAACAUAACUUUCAAGUGCAAAAAAGUGUGCGUGCUGCGUGCGUGUGUGUUUUGUGUUUGUGCGACUGUGGGCGAGCUUGUGUGUGUGUGUGUGUUGAGUGUGUAAAAAACAGAACGUGCAACAAGAAGCAAGAAGAAGAAGCAGCAACAGCAGCUGACAGGCCAACAAUAAAAUAAAUACAAAUUCCAAUAAUCUGUAAUCGUUUUGAGAGUGCUAUUAGCUAAGAACUAGAAACAGUUUAAGACAAGAGUUUUCGCGAUGCAUCCACGCUACAGCCCGGCCCCGCCACCUCAGCAGCAGCAACAGAUGGGCGGUCCGCCACACCAACAGCAAGGCGGCGGUGGAGGCGGUAACAUGAGGGGACCGCCUAACGCCCAACAAUUGCCGCCGCAGAUUCCGCGAUCCCAGAACUAUUCAAACGGGAGCUCGUCUAGCGCCGCCGCCGCACCGCCAACACCGCGCAGCGCCUUUCCCGGCGCCCCGCUAACCGCCUCAGCCGUCGCACUCAAAGGCGCCCUACCCCAGCGGCCACCGGCCAUGACAAGUCCCGCAGCUGCCGCCGCUGGCGCCGCUUUGGCCGCCGGUGCACCAUAUCGCGGUGCCGCCAGCUGGACCCCGCAGGGUUAUGCCCCGGCCGCAGCCGCUGCGGCCGCUGCUGUUGCCCAGCAGGCAGCCUACCGUUAUACGGCGCCGCUGCCACAGCCGGCAUAUGCCGCCUAUACGCCGCACACGGCCACCACACCGGCCACAACCACGGUAAGUUUUCUAAACCAACCUGUGGACUAUUAUUGGUACGGUCAGCGAGUGCCGACGGCAGCCUCACCGAGCAACACCAACUCGAGCAGCUCCUCGAACACGGGCUCCCAGAGCGGCACGCUGAGCACCAGCCUGAGCAACACGACGAACACCAACACGAACAUGGGUCCCAACGGCACGGUACAGAAUCAAAACCAACAGGGCGGCGAGCAGUUGUCCAAGACAAAUCUCUACAUUCGCGGACUGCAGCAGGGCACAACCGACAAGGAUCUAGUUAAUAUGUGUGCACAAUAUGGAACAAUUAUAUCAACCAAGGCUAUUUUAGAUAAAACAACAAACAAAUGUAAAGGUUACGGCUUCGUCGACUUCGAGCAGCCAGCCUUCGCCGAGUGCGCCGUAAAAGGAUUGCAGGGGAAGGGCGUGCAAGCUCAGAUGGCCAAAGUGGGUAUCUGGGUGCUUCAUAGGCCGGCCAUUCAACAGGAACAGGAUCCCACAAAUUUGUAUAUUGCAAAUUUGCCGCCUCACUUCAAAGAAACUGAUCUGGAGGCAAUGCUAUCGAAAUACGGACAAGUUGUUUCGACCAGAAUAUUGCGUGAUCAGCAGAUGAACUCCAAGGGCGUUGGCUUUGCCCGUAUGGAGAGUCGCGAGAAGUGCGAGCAAAUCAUUCAGAUGUUCAAUAGUAACACAAUACCGGGUGCCAAAGAUCCCCUGCUGGUUAAGUUUGCCGAUGGCGGACCCAAAAAGAAGAAUCUCUUCAAGACUCCCGACCCGAAUGCGCGUGCGUGGCGCGAUGUCUCAGCGGAGGGGAUUCCCGUUGCCUAUGAUCCCACUAUGCAACAGAAUGGCGUUAGCGUUAACGUCGGCACACCCAUCGGAGUGCCAUAUUCCCGCUUCAGUGCACCCCAGGUGGGUGGCUAUCCAGUGGCCGGUUCCCAAUGGAUACCCGGUUAUAUGAUGACCCAGCCGAUCACUCAGGUAGAUGAUCAGUACAUGCAAAUGGCAGCUGCCCCUCAAUUGGGUGUUACCUCAUACAAACCGGAGGCGGUUAACCAAGUGCAGCCCCGUGGCAUCUCGAUGAUGGUCAGCGGCGAUACGGGCGUGCCAUAUGGAACGAUGAUGCCCCAGUUGGCCACCCUGCAGAUCGGCAACUCUAACUUUUCUCCAUCGUUACAGUAUAUUAGUCCAACUUAUCCAUAUUAUGCACCACCACCAACUAUUAUACCAACAAUGCCAAUGACAGAUUCCGAACAGGCUAGCACAGCUGCAUCACCCGACGAGGCAUACACACAGUAUCCACAUCAAGCAGCUCCCAAAUAGGUCUUCGCGAGCUAUAAUAUAUUAGUACCCCAUUUGAGUACUAUAUAAAUUGGACGAGAGUGAGAGCAAGCCUGGUGGGAGCGGAAAAGUCAAGAAAGAAGGAAAAUCACACGAAGAAACAUCAAAAGGAUUCUACAACAACAACAACAGCCACAACCACCACAUGAACAAGGAAACUAGAAGAAACUACUGAAACAACAACAACAACAACAACAACGUCGUCGUCAGAAGAAUCAGAAACACAGCAUGCAGUUUACGAAAAUAAAUCUAAAGAAAAGCCACCCCCACAAAAAGAAAAGAAAGAUAAGAAGGGGGAAUCCCAGAAAAAGCUAAGGCAGAGAAAAAGAAAAUGUAUAAAUAAGAAGGUUGGAGGAUGUGAGAGGAUGAAGUUUAGGGGAUACAUGAAUACAAUGUAAGCGAUGAGAAAAUAAAGGGAAGAAAGCCGGUCUCCGAAGAGACGAGCGCAGAAGACGCAAGAAAAAAGUGAAGAAAAGCAAAGACUAAACUUAAAUAAUAGAGAAUAGUUAUACACUAAAUAAACAACCAGAGAAGCAACAGCAGCAACGGCAACAAUUGCCAAAACAACAGCGGCAAGCAAAAAGAGAGAAGAGAAAAAAAGAGAGAGCAGUCGAAAAUAUUUACAAAAAGAGAACUGCAGGAGGAUGCGAAGGGAAGGCAAAGUCAUAAGGAAAGGAAACUCACUUUGGGGGGGUCAUAAGAACUUGAGGAAGAAUCUGCUGAGAAAGAAAAAAAAACCAUCGCAGAUUAGAGUUAAGUUAAUUUUGUUAAGCGCAAGAGGAUGUAAAACAAUUGCAUUGGGGGAAAACCGAGGAAAAGCGAUGUAAAAAAUAGAAGAGAAAAUAAAAAAAAAGAAACUAUUUUGCUAAUUUUGAGCUAGCAAAAACCUAAGCAGACAGAAAUUUGUGAAGUGAAAGAAGAAGAUAGAAGAAAAAAGCAGAAACAAAAACAAAAAUAAAUGUGUGUGCAAUGUAUGUUAAAGAACCGUAAAGAAAAACAGAGAAAAUAAAAAACGAAACAAAACCCAUUUCGAUGAUGAAUAUAAACAAAGCAUAACUCUUAAGUCAAACUGCAGCGGCAACAAACAAAGAAACCCCCAGAAGAACGAACGAAGAGCGAAGAAAGCGCAAGAAUGCGCCGAAGAAAGCAAAACUUUUUUACCUUAGAGGCAACGUUUUCUUUGUUGUGGCCUGCUAAAGAAGAAGAAGGAGAAUUUUUACGAUUAAACUCAGACUCUACCUUUUGUUUUGUUCUGUUUGUCUAAUUUGUAAUAUUUAUUUUGUAUUUUUGUUGAAUCGUGUUGAACAGCACAAAGAACGGGGAACGGAAGAGAAGACGAAGAGAAGAAGAGCGUAGAUAGCCACAAAAAGCAAGAAAGGAGAUCUUUGGUUUGUUUUCUCCUUUUGUUGGUUUCUUCAACCAGAAAAACAUGCAAAUUGUAUAAAGCAAAGAUCCGAAAACAUAGAAAACGUAGAAGCGAAACAAAAAAAAAGAAACGUCUAUUUCCCCCCUCUUUUUGACAUUCGUUUUGUGCUAUCCAAGCAGUCAAAAAGAAGAAAAAUAAAUGAAAACAAAAGAAAAGAGAAGAAAGAGCCUUUGAAGUGGGCAAAAACCUAGUAUUAAGUCUUAGCAAAACAAGAAUAAGAGAAAAAAAAAACUUGCAGUAAGCAAAAAACAGAUUUAGUAGUUUCUAGAGAUCUAAAGAAAGCAGAAGACGGAAGAGUGUAAGCAGCAAAAAGCUUACGAUGGCCGAAGAGUAGAAGGAGGCGGGAAAUCUUGUACUAGUUUUUAGCAUAUUUUUUGUGCUCAUCAGUCGAUUUAAUGAAUGAAUUUUUUGUAGCUGUCUACAGUUUUUUACGUUAACUGUUUUUUAGACAUAUUAAAAUGAGGAAAGUAAAAACAAACAAACAAAUGAAAAAACAAAAAAAACAGAACUUAGAUAUAUAGUAUAUUUUUUCUGCAUAUGACAUGUUGUUGAAGAGCAGAAAGAGAAGGAGUUGAACGGAGUUUGAUUAGCAAGGAAACCAAGAGGCAAACACUUUUUAAAAGGGAAAUAGCGAAACAAACCGAGAGACACAACACACACAACAAACGAUGUAGCAAACACACAGAAAAGAAGAAUUCGAUUUAAAACUGUAGAAUUGUAGUUUAGCUUUGUGAAGAUCGCCGGCGAAGAAGAAUGUACGAUUUUUGUGGAAGGAUCAAGCAAGGAUCGAAAAGAAGAAAACGGAAGAACAACAGCAACAACUGGCACAGGCAGUAGCAGAAAUAUAAAACAAAAACCAAGAAAAUUAAUGUUAAAUUGAUAACAACAACAAAAAAAAAACAUAAUGAAGAAUUAAGAAAGAAGAAAAGAACUACGUUUAGUGAACUUAGUUAAUAAGCGAAGAUUUCUUUAGUCUUGUAAGCGUCUCUUAAGUAGAGUUGAAGAACGAAGGACGAAGUUUAGAAUUGAAAUUUAACCUUUUUCAAAGCCUAGCAUAUUUAUUUUCCCGAAACAGACACACACUGAGACACGGACAUACACAUACACACACCUAUCAAGCCUAAGCAUUGUAUUUGUGAUUUUUUCGAAUGUUAAUGUUGAUUAACGAAACAUGAUAAGAGAAACAAGGGAAACAUCAAGUGGGCGCUAAGUGGGUGGUAGAAAGUGUGGCGAAGAUAAAUGUUUUAUUGAGAAUCUCCGUUUGAGCAAGGACACACACACACACACGCCCUCACAACCACAAACAACAUUCCUGAGCAAAGUCUUUGAUUUGAUUUUGAUAUAUACAUAUGUAUGCGUUGAUACGAUUUGAUUUACGGGAUUAGAGUUGUCGAGUCGCCUAACUGAACUAUCUACAUAUAUAUAUAUAUACAUUAUAUAUAUAUAAAUAUAUAUAUAUAUAAAAACGUAAGAAACACAACGCCAAAAGUCUUCCUAAGCCUAAAACCAAAACAACAACAAAAUGCAAAUGUUUUUUUUUCUUGUCUUUUUACGAUUAUUUGCUUUAGACUGACUACGAACUGAAACUGUAACAAUAACAACAACAACAACAACAACAACAAAUGCAGGAUUGUAAACCCUCGAAAAAGAUGAAAGAACGAACACACAUACAUUUACACCUAGUUAAUGCAGGCAUCGAUGAAAUACACAAACACACACACAUACAUAUAUUUUGCCAAGACAUUCCAAAAAGCGAAAUUGUUUCAAAAUGAAAUUCGUGCGAGAUGAUGCCUGCAUUUGUUGUCCUAAAAAAAAAAGAGAGAAGAAUCACAAAUA